AUGGGUGAGGAUCGUUGGUACCUCGGGAUAUGGUACAAGAAGAUAAUCCAUGAGAGAGCCUACGUUUGGGUCUCCAACAGAAAUAAACCUCUCCGCGGUUCUAAGGGAAGCCUCGAAAUCUCUGACUAUGACCUCGUUCUCAUGAGUCAAUCUGGCAACAACACGAGGCCAAUCUGGUCAACGGAUUGGAGGAAGGGAGACGAGAGAUCUCCGGUGGUGGCAAUGCUCCAGGAUAGCGGCAAUUUCGUUCUGAGAUACUCCAACACAAAGCGCUCAGGAGAUUACUCUUGGCAAAGCUUCGAUUACCCGACUGAUACUUUACUUCCUGGGAUGAUUCUGGGACGGACUUCCGAAAGGGUACACGCGGAGAGUUAUCUAACGUCGUGGAAAACCCUAGAUGACCCCUCGUAUGGAGACUUCGUUCUCAGGCUCGAAACCACCGGUAACCCUAGGAUUUCCAUCAAGAUGAUGGAUACAGGUUUUUCAGUUUUCUUGAGCGAACCCUGGAAUGGAUUAACAUCUGGAAGAAUAGCCGAUUUAUUUAAAUUAAGACAGGAUGGAGAAGACGUGACCUUUUUCUUAGCAACAAACAAUGUCUCCUCCUACUCAAGACUCCUUAUGGAAAGCAGCGGAAUCGCAAGUUACUUAGCGUGGAACGAAAGCACAAGCACAUGGGACACGGCUUGGGAAUCAACUACGUACCUAUGCGAUAUCUUCAAUUAUUGCGGGUCUAAUUCGUACUGUGACCGGAACGUAUCAUCAUCACUUUGUACCUGUAUCCCAGGAUUUGAGCAGAGUGACUCCAACAUGACUAUUGGCGAUGGGUGCCGGAGGAGCACGCCUCUAAACUGUGCUAGUGAUACAUUCAUUGGGCUAGAGAAUAUGAGCUAUCCAUACACUGUGAAGAAGCCUGUUGAUUACGGAUCUAUGGAUCUCAAGAGAUGCGGGAGCUUGUGCGUCGCCGAUUGUAGCUGUCGCGCUUUCGCCCUUAUAAACAAUAGUCUACACAUGGGCAGCUCAAACUGCUUUGUCUGGAGAGAAGACUUGGCCCAUCUCCGGCGUUACGCGGAUGGUGGCGGUUUAGAUAUCCUCGUCAAAAUUUCUGGGAAGAAGAAGAAAAACGGUCGAGCAUUGGUGAUUGGUUUGUCGAUCGGAAUCCCGGCUUUGGCUCUUUUUGCUCUCGCUGUUUUCUGCUUACUCAAAAAGAAACAUAAUCAAGCAAAAGCAUCAGCCGCCGCAGCAUCGGCAGCCGCAGCUAGAGAAGUUGAAUUAGCGGGCUAUCAGAUUACUGGACCAAGCGGUACAAUUAUGUCCGGUCAAACGAUCGAUUUCGGAAUUGUUCAAAGGGCCACAGGAAAUUUUUCCGACUCUAAUAAACUUGGCAAAGGAGGCUUCGGAGUAGUUUACAAGGGAGUGUUACCAGACGGCAAAGAAAUUGCCGUGAAGAAACUUAUGGAUAUGUCAACCCAAGGGACUGCUGAGUUCGAAACAGAGGUCACGGUGAUUGCAAGCUUGCAGCAUAUCAACCUUGUCCGCCUUCUUGGCUGGAGUGUCCACCAGCAAGAAAAGGUUUUGAUAUAUGAAUUUUUGGAGAAUGGAAGCCUCGACUAUCAUCUCUUUGUCAAAAACAAAAGCUGUGAGCUAAACUGGCAAACCCGGUUUAACAUUAUCAAAGGGAUAGCGAAAGGAAUUAAGUACCUACAGGAAGAGUCACAGCUCAAGGUCGUCCACAGAGAUCUAAAAAUUUCCAAUGUCCUACUUGACAAGGAUAUGGUUGCCAAAGUAUCAGACUUUGGACUGGCCAGAAUUUUUGAAAGCAGCGAGAACGAAGCCAUCACAGCCAAGCAUGUUGGGACUUUUGGCUACAUGUCUCCGGAAUAUGCUGAAGGUGGAAUUUACUCUAUGAAGUCAGAUAUCUACAGUUUCGGAGUGAUGGUUCUCGAAAUUGUUAGCGGGAAGCAAAACACCAAAUUCUCAUACGUGGAGUCGGACACUAAUUUCCUUACGCAUGUUUGGCAAAAGUGGGAGCAAGGAAAUUGGCAAGACUUAGUAGAUCCUAUCAUACGAGAUUCAUCACCAGAUUAUAGCCAUGAAUGGCUAAGAUGCAUUAUAAUCGGUCUCCUAUGUGUGCAGCAACUUGCUGAUGACAGGCCUGUCAUGUCCCACGCGGUGGCGCUCCUGGAAAAUGAGAUUAUCGAGACUAGAAGUCCUAAACCUCCCGGUUUCUUCGUGGAAACAAACCGGAGUGAUCUUCCUUCGUUCACCACCGGUGAAUCGUCUAUCGCACAUGACUACUCUGUCAUGUCCUAUCCCACUAAUUAG